CAAGCAUAUCCGCGCUACACCAGCGCCCCGAUGCGCCUAUUUCAAUCGCCGGACCGCUCCUUCCCUCCCGCACCCGGUGCCGCGCGUCCAUUUGGUCUCCCAGCUCUCGCCGUCGGCACUCUCACUCGAUCACUUGUCACCUCCAGUUUCCACGAUCGGCAAGAGCCAGCACCGUCCGUAGCUAGCUAGGUAGCUAGCCGGAGAGAUGGAUCACGCGGCGGAGGCGCAGCGGACGGACCUGAUGACGAUCACGCGGCACGCGCUGAACGAGCAGGGCCGGCACCCGGAGUCGCGCGGCGACUUCACCAUCCUCCUCUCACACAUCGUCCUCGGCUGCAAGUUCGUCGCCUCCGCCGUCAACAAGGCCGGCCUCGCAAAGCUCAUCGGCCUCGCCGGAGAGACCAACAUCCAGGGGGAGGAGCAGAAGAAGCUGGAUGUGCUGUCCAACGAGGUCUUCGUCAAGGCGCUCGUCAGCAGCGGCCGCACUUGCGUUCUGGUGUCUGAAGAGAACGAGGAGGCCAUAUUCGUCGACGCUCCCCUCCGCGGGAAGUACUGCGUCUGCUUUGAUCCGCUGGAUGGCUCCUCCAACAUCGACUGCGGCGUCUCCAUCGGAACGAUCUUUGGGAUCUACAUGAUCAAAGACAAGGACAAUGCGACUCUGGAGGACGUGCUGCAACCUGGAACUGACAUGAUCGCGGCUGGCUACUGCAUGUAUGGGAGUUCAUGCACGCUUGUCUUGAGCACUGGAAAUGGUGUAAACGGUUUCACUCUUGAUCCUUCCCUUGGGGAAUUCAUACUCACUCAUCCCAACAUAAAGAUUCCGAAUAAAGGAAAGAUAUAUUCGGUCAAUGAAGGAAACGCCAGAAACUGGGACGUGCCUACCGCAAAGUUUGUAGAGAAAUGCAAAUUUCCCCAAGAUGGUUCAUCACCGAAAUCCUUGAGAUAUAUUGGAAGUAUGGUUGCCGAUGUUCACCGUACCCUGCUUUAUGGAGGCAUAUUUCUGUACCCUGCAGACAAGAAGAGCCCAAACGGAAAACUUCGUGUUCUGUACGAAGUUUUCCCCAUGUCGUUCCUGAUGGAGCAAGCCGGAGGCCAAUCUUUCACAGGCAAACAACGGGCUCUUGACCUUGUUCCUACUGAGAUCCACCAGAGAUCUCCAAUAUUCCUCGGGAGCUACGAUGAUGUAGAGGAGAUCAAAUCAUUGUACGCUUCAGAGUCAAGCAACGCCUGAUCUGGGUACCUGCAGCCACAUAAACAUGCUCAAAAAGAAGUUAUGUUCUGACUUGUAAGGAAAUUCCUAAGAAGGCAUCUUAUGGUGAUUCUGAAAUAGUGGUCUUGGCGUUGAUGUAAAAGUAUCAGUAUACACAGAUGUUGCACAAUAUUCAGUAUGUAUAACUACAGUUACUUCAUGGUCU